AUGUCAAAAGGUUGGAAUUAAAUAUUUUUACGAAUUCCAAUAUUAGAUACGCAAUUUGUCAAACACCUCGUGGACGCCUACCUUUUUCUCAUCACGCGUGCUCGCCCAUCCGACGGCCACCACCGCUUCCGCAUCGCACGGAAACCCCCCAUCCCACGGCCCUCCUUCGCCUACUUUGACCCCCCACUCUCACUCAUCCCCAUACUUACUGCAUUUAAUAAUCUUCACACGCCACUCCACCACUACUUUUUUUCUCUCUCUCAAAAAAAAUAUCAUCUCUUUCGUGUUUGGGUGCUCAUUAUUCUCUCUUAACCACUGAUACUGCUGUGGGUUUUUUGUUUUCUUUUUCUUCUUGGGUAAUCUUCGCAGCUCACCUCAGCUCGUGUGAGAAAGGGUAGGUGUCAUACUUAUUAAACCUUUUGAGCUGAAGCAGUAGAUCAACAUGCCGUGGGGAUCACCGAAUUAUUUUGGGAAGUGUGUGCGAUUGGUGGUGUUCUUUCUCGUUAUCCUAUAAAUAAAUCGAUUUCAUUUGAUAAGUCUUGUUAGGCUGCCUUAUUUUGGUCGACUCGUCUACUAGCUAUAUUUUGUUGUGGUGGGUGAAGUGAGAAUGCGCAUUGCUGUUGCUCGAAAGAAAAAUCAGAAAGCAAAACAACUGGGACAGAUUAAUAUGAGUAUUGGAAGCAUUGCUUUUUACCAAUUGAUGCAAGUUCGACAGGCCGAGUAUUUCCGUCAGUUGCUUAAGCCUGUUACGUAGUCUGGAUAUCGGGGUCGACAUUUGUUAUCAUUUGGUUGGGUGAAAUCAAUUGAGAACUGAUGAAACACUGAUCAAAACAAACUAACACAGCCUGCCCCAAUUAGCCAUGAUGGAUUCACCUUAGCUCUGCCAUUAGCCUUUUCUCAAAAAUUUCUUUCUUUCCCUAAACACUGUCUGAAUUCGAAACCAAACUGUUACCGUUAGAGGCCACUUUGUACUUGUUUCCCAACGAACUUUUUAGACUAGCUUUCAUGCAUAGCAACCAGCCAAACUUCCCUGCAAAGCCAAUGCCGCCACUUGGUGAUCAAGUGGGCUAUUACACGCAAAAUGCUCGUAUGGCUUCUCUCUUUGAUGGGCUCGUUGCCCCCGGUAUUAUUAAACCCCGUACGCCUUUUGGUAACGUUGAUAUCCAACCUACUGAGGCCUGUCCAAGAAACUUCAUAAUCUUCGACCAAACCAAGAACCGAAGCCAGAUCAUGCUGCACCCGGAGAUAAGCUCCAAAAUGUUCUACCCUGGUUUUGGUGUCGAGACGACUCUCUUCCAAGAGAACCUCGACCAAAAGGAAGCAAAUGAUGAGGGAGAAGCUACGGCAUCUCAACUGAAAGAAGAUUCGGACGACAUUGAUGCUCUCCUUGGUACAGAAUAUGAUGAAGAUGAAUCUGGUGAUGAAGUGAGCACAGCGCGAACAAAUGCCAUCUACGAGUGCAGCUCCCCAGAUUCGUGCUCGAACUAUGAGUCUGUGUCCAAAAGGAGCCGGUCGCACUUCAAGAAGUCGACUGAGAGCUGUGGAAACGACAAGAAACGCCAGAGAGUGAGGAAGAUGGUGAGAGCGUUGAGAGGGAUUGUUCCCGGUGCUAACCGGAUGAGCUCUGUGGCCGUGCUCGAUGAAGCUGUUCGUUAUCUGAAGUCUCUCCGGGUGGAAGUGAAGAAGCUCGGAGUUGGAAGCUCGAAUGAGUAAAGCUCGCUCGAGGUGUCCCACUGCCAGGUCAGCUUAGCCUUACAAUAAUAUUGUUUUCUUGGUAGAAUGUCUCAAUGCUAUGCUGCAUCUUUUGCCUAUAAAUUUACUGCCAAGAUUUCAAAUUCUUGGCGUGCAAAGUUUUGCCAUAUUUGUAUUUUAAUAAUUAUUGUGUAAUAGCUUUGAUGAUUGUCUAGUCUUAGUGUUUGAUGGUACUAUAUUUAAGUUUGAAUUUAGUAAUUUAUUUUUGCAGCACUGUAACUUAAAAACAGUAACUAUGUAAUCUUGAAUUUGCAGUUUGUUUAUCUGAUUUUGUA